UAAGCUCAUGCUUAGUGCUUCACUAGCAAAACCCACCUGCAAAACUCUCUCUUUUGUUUCACCAUCACCUUCUCUUCCUUUCUCCUUCAUCAUCCAAAUUUGCAAUGCUUUUUUAGCCCAAAUACUCCUAUUUUUCCCUCAAAAAACUCUCUCAGCUUAUAGUCGAUCUUAUAGCUUUUGCCUUUCUUGAUGGAAGGAGCUUAAGCCCUUGUUUUAGUUUUGAUGUAACUUACAUUACAUCUUAAGUUGAACUAGAUGAUGUUCUUCAUGAAGAUAAACCAAGGUGGCUUAGGAGAAGCUUUGAUGGCUUUUUGUUCUUUUUUUAUUCAUUACUAGCUAGCUCUAUCAUUUGCUUCUUCCGAUCUUCUUCAGCCUUUGUUGUCUUUUUCCAGGGAAACUAUUUUGGGAGUGUUUUGACUGUUUAUCUUAGUUUCCCCUUCAAGAUAUGAGAUAGAGAUAGCUAAGCUUAGCCACAUACGGGUUUAUUUGCUCAUUCCAAUUUUCUUGAUCCCAGGGCCAGCUUCCUCCCCAACAUAUUGAUCCAGAAGUUUGCCUAUUUUUUGCCUGCUCUUUUUCUGUCCAAAAACCAUAAAGAAAACGAGACAACUUUCCAAUCUUUAGGUGGUUAAGCACCACUCAUUUUGGCAGUGGAGUAGUGUCUAUUCUUGGACAAGCUCAUAGCUUCUGCUCUGACAAAUACACAAAUUAACUUCAAUUCAAUGCUAUGGGGCCCUAAUUUUCUCUAUUCUUAACUUUUAUGAGUGGUUUGAUUUUUCCUUUGGUUUGGAAGAAAGAAGGAUGUGGAAAGCUAAUUGUCAAGAAGAAUACAUGGUUUCCUGGUUGAGUAGUAGAGAGUAGUUUUGUUUCCGAAAGAGAGGACAUUUUAUUAGAUAAUUUAUCCUUAGGGGGUUUCCUUUUAGUUAGCCAACCACUUCUAAUAUUAAUAUAAUCAUCUUGCUAGGCUUCUAAUCUCUCCUGUCUUCUUGCUGUUCCUUCUCUCUUGGUCUCCAAACAAACAGCACAAGAGUAGAAAAAAGGGAGGCUAACUAGAAAUGGAACUUCCAAGUCAAGAAGGGGAGAUGCCAAUUCCUCUGAAUAGUACAUAUGGUGGGGGACAUGGUCAUACAAGCCAUGGGCAUGGACACAUGAUCCAUCAUGAUCCUGUUCCUUCAGCCCACAACCAUAUGAUACCUUCUUCAGCACCCCAGAUGCCUUCCAAUGGCCCCAUAUCCUCAAGCCUUGAGGAGCAUGUGCCCUUCAAGAAAAUGGUCAGAUAUAGAGAAUGCCUCAAGAACCAUGCAGCAGCCAUGGGUGGAAAUGCAACUGAUGGUUGUGGUGAGUUCAUGCCUAGUGGAGAAGAGGGCACCCUUGAAGCCCUCACCUGUUCAGCUUGCAACUGCCAUCGAAACUUCCACAGAAAAGAAGUUGAAGGUGAGCCCUCUUCUUGUGAUUGCUUCCAUAGCCCACAUCCCAACAGGGUUGGAAGGAAAGUUAUUGUGGGGCAUCAUCACAAGAGCCUUUUAGGCCCAGAGAGUUUAGGGUACCCCACAGGAGCUCUCAUCGCAUCCAGAGCUGCGCCGCCCCAUCCCAUGAUAAUGUCCUACAACAUGGGGUCUCUCCCAUCAGAGUCCGAUGAGCAGGAUGAAGCUGGUGGUGGCGCGGGUGGAGGUGGGAUUGUCAGUGCUAGGCCACCUCAUCAGCUGGUGAAGAAGAGGUUCAGGACAAAGUUUACCCCGGAGCAGAAGGAGAAAAUGCUCAACUUUGCGGAGAAAGUUGGGUGGAAAAUACAGAAGCAAGAAGAAGCUGUGGUGCAACAGUUCUGUCAAGAAGUUGGGGUCAAAAGAAGAGUCCUCAAGGUUUGGAUGCACAACAACAAGCACAGUUUGGCCAAGAAGAAUAAUAAUGCUUCCUCCAAUAAUAUUAAUCCCCAUAAUCAAGUUUAAAGAGGAGGUAGCCCAGAAAGAAUUCUUUUGACCACACCAUCAAUCAGUAAUUGCAGCAUCGGCUGCAUAUUACUACCAGCGAGUAGCUUAGCCUUCUUUUCAUUAUUUUUUUCCCCUUUUUUCUUUGGGGUUUUAUUGUCCCAUUUCUUGGGAUAUUUUACCCUGCAUUUGCCUACUAUAAUUUAGCUUGAUUAACGUCUGAAAAAUAACACUGGUGUUUGAUUAAUGUAGCUCAUGGGAUUUAAUAGCGCUCUAGAGACUAAGUUGUGACUUGUGAGUGAUUUGAUUUCUCUAUGUGCUUUUAAUCCGUUUAGUGUAUCAUGGAUUACUAA